AAUAUUUUAAAAUUAAUUAAUUUCAUUUAUAAAAGAAUUAUAAGGCCCGUUCAAAUUAAAAUUGUGAUCCGCGCUAAAUAUGGAAAGUCAUCGGCCUCCUCCGCAUAUUAUUUCGCGUCAGUUGCACCGCACGAAAGAUACUCUUCUUCUUCUUCUUCUUCUUCUAGGGCUUCCUUCAUCCAUAUAUACCCCCUCCAUAAGCUCAGAGACACAGAAACAGAGACAGAGACAGAGAAAGAACCCAAUUCAAAAAUUCAAUCAAUGGCUUUCGUCCGCAAGAUCACCAACGCCCUACGCUCCCUGUUCAAGAACCGCCCCUCGCCGCCUCUGUUCCUCGGCCAAAACCGUAAUUCGCCGCCGGAAUUGGAUCCGCAUGACCCCUGCCGGCUUUACAGGAACAUGAAAACAGGGGAGGUUCUGAGAUCGCUGGCCGUUUUAUUUCCGGCGACGGUGGGCCCAGUGGUGGAUUUGGGGGCUGCCAUGAUGCGAUCGAGGGCGGUGGAGAAGAACUUGGUGGCGAGGAUGGCGGUCAUGGGGGCGGUUAAGCAGACGGUUUACCGGCAGCUUCGCACGGGCGAGAAUGCAGGGGAGGCCGCGGAAUCUCUGCGGCUGUUGUGGAAGCGGGGAAUGAAUGGGAUUCUCGAUUAUGGGCUCGAGGGUGGCGUUUAUGUCGCCGCCGCCGGCGAUACGAACUUCGCCGGAUUUGUUUCCAGCGCUGAUGGGAUGGAGAAUCUGCGUUCGUCGCGUCGGAUUCUUGAGACAUAUCCCCAAAGCACACCUGCGGCUCCUGCAACCCUAAAUCGAGGAGGAGGAGAAGAAGAAGAACGGGAGCUCCACCUGUCCCUGGAGAGACUCACGGCUCUCGGCAACCGUUGCUCCCCCGUCGAUCUCCCGCUCCUUGGAAAAGCCGAGCUCUACGCCGCCGCAGUGGGGGCGAGGAACAAUGACCGGCCGAUCGUCGACGGCACGAUUCAGGCUUUACUGAGGGGUGUUGGGGAGGAAAGAGGAUUGCUUUCCUCCUCUGUCGCUGACAGGGAGCUCUUGAGUCACGAGCUGAAGAGAAGACUGGGGGUUAAUGUUUUUGAGGAGUUGUUGCAGGAGAGUUAGCUGAAGAUGUUGAUGAAGAAGAUGAUGGUGAUGAUGAUUAGGAAAGAUUAUUAAUGCUAGAAAAUUAUGGAAAAAAAUAAAAAACUAAUCUUUUUCAUGCGCAUGCAGUAAUAUCUUCAUUAUUAUGAGGUUAUUAGGAGAGAAGAUCAUGAGUUUUAUUUGUCAAA